GCUAGAGGCAUGGCGCUGCAGCUGACAGCGGCAGGCUCUUGUAAACACAUAACAUAACUCCCGAACUCUCUUCAACCACUGUCUAUCAGCAACGCGCACGUUAAUUCUUCUCAUUCCUCUUCACGUGCAUGUCACAGCUUGACAUAGCGCCAACGGUGAGCAGCCGCAUGCUGACGCCACCAUGAACUUUAGUGACAAACUAAUAUUUGAGUUCCUGAAGUCAUCCUUUGAGGACAGCAAGACCAGAGUAAAUCCCAAUGUCACAGUGCUGGUUGGUGAGAUAAUGAGACUGCUGACCACAGAAGGUGCCAUGCGAGCUGCUCACCAAGCUAAGCAAGAAGGAUCCGACACAGUCACGGUGGAACACCUUGAAAAAAUACUCUCGCAAUUGUUGUUGGACUUUUUGUGAUUUCCAAAGUGAUGGUAACAGAUGACAACUUGAACACCAAUGAGGAAUAAUCGAGCUGCUGCAAUAUAUUUCAAUAUUCUACUAUUAUAAUAAAUUAUUAUAGAUUA